AUGUCCUCCAAGUACGUCUUCACAAAAGGUCUCAAGGAGCUGCGGUUCCUUUUGUGCCAGACCUCCGAGCAAAGCGCGGCGACAAGGUUGUUUAUCAACCGCGCCUAUCCCACCAUGAAGAAGCACAACCCGCACACUCCCAUCCUCAUCCGUGAGGCUGCCGGCACUCUGCCGCGAGUCUACGCCCGAUACGCGCUCGGAAAGGAGAAAGUUGAAUCACUGAACGGUCUCUCUGACCAGCAGAUCGAAGAAAAGGUCAAGCAAUUGGUGAAGGAAUCCUCAUAG